AAGCUUAACCCGCUACCGUCUGGCUGUCAUAUGUCAGCCCGAAAACAAUUACGGAGGUUAAGAUAAAGUUCUAAUUGUAUGAAUGCAAUAGAAUAAAAGCAAUGUCUGAAAAUGUAUAAUAAUAGAAUGUCGAUGGUUAUAAAAUUUUCCAUAAAACAUGUGCUGCCCAUAUCAGGGUUCACAAGUCCUAUUGCUAGAAACUUCGUGAGGCUACAAAAUGUCUGCAUGUACAGUUCAAAAGCCACAUCCAGCAAGAAUAAUGUUAAUAAUAAUAGCUUUACAGACUGGGAGACACUCAGUAAGAAAAAGAAGGUUAGUAAAGCCAUGAAGGCCUACCUAGAAAGAGCAAAGGAACACGAUGAGUUCAUGAAACGACAACAGUUCGAAUACAAUAUUGGUAAGAGACAUCUCGCAAAUAUGAUGGGAGAAGAUCCAGAAACGUUUACUCAAAAAGAUGUAGAUCGCGCUAUUGAGUAUUUGUUCCCCAGUGGUAUUUACGAUCCUGCUGCUCGCCCAUUGUUGAAGCCACCAGAGGAAGUCUUUCCCGCAAGGAAAGCUGCGGAAUUCGAUGAAGCAGGCCGCCCACAUCACUUUUUAUUCUACACUGGCAAACCUAACUUCUUUAAACUAUUGUAUGAUGCAGCUGAAAAUAUCCAAGUGUUGCACCAAUAUCAAGACAAGGUUAUUCGUAGGAAAGUGACACCAGACCCAAAUGUGAGCCUUGAUUUGAAUGCUAGCGUUUGGUUGACCAAGGACCAACUUGAACAGAUGUUAGUGGAAGGCCUAAAUGAUUUGGAAUAUGAUAACUUUAAAUUAGUCAUGGAAAGACUUGUUUCACUACCAUACUCAUAUAGAUACAAGGAAUUUAUUGAAAAAUAUAGAAAAUCACUGUCCACGCAAAAGUUUGCUUUAGAAAUCCCUAAACCAAGUUAUGACGAAAAUGGUUGUGCUAUUGUCACUACUUAUGAAUGCCUGCGUAAGAAGGCCAGGGGUGAUGUCACUAUAAAAUCUCCAGGUACAGGAAAAAUUACUAUUAAUGGACAAGACUUAACUUAUUUUGAAGACACACAACCCAGAGAACAAGUUAUAUUUCCAUUAAUUUUUACUGGGAUGCAAGACAAAGUUGAUGUGAUUGCUAACAUAGAAGGUGGUGGUCCAUCAGGUCAAUCUGGAGCUAUACGAUGGGGCAUUGCUUGGGGAUUACGCAGCUUUGUAGAUAAAAGUAUGCUAGAAGCCAUGCAAGUUGCAGGCUUGCUGACUAGAGAUCACAGAAGACGUGAACGUAAGAAGCCUGGCCAACCUGGUGCUAGGAAAAAGCCUACUUGGAAGAAAAGAUAAACUCUGUUGUAAUAUCAAAAAAAUCCAGUAAAAGCGUAGUGUAUAAAAUGUAAUAAAACUAUAAAAAUUACAGAA